AUGGUAAAAGACAAAAUUGAAGAAAAUUCAACUCUCUUUGAACCUUCCGAAGCUGCGAAUCAUCAUGAUGAUCAUAAUCCGUUGAAUACUCAGUUGAAAAAAAGGAAGGUAGAAUGUUUGAAUGAUGCUACUGGGAUCGGAGAUGAAAAUUAUGAGAAAGGAACCAUUCAAAAUUUAGAAACGAAUUUAAAUUCGUGCAAUGUCGUGCCAGGAGAGUCUUCUAUAGCUCGACACGAUGAUUUUGUAGUUCUGUAUCAAGAUCAAGAUGUAGUCGUCAUUGAUAAGCCAAGUAAUUUGAGAAUUUAUGCAAGUCAACAUUAUUCAGGAGAUACAGUUGAAAAAUUAGCACAAAUUCAAUUUGCUCAAAUGUUGUAUCGGACAGCACAAGAUGUGGAAGUGACAUCUGCUAUAGCAGCAGAAAAUCAUCAGAAUGUUAAAAAGAGAAAAUUUGAAAUGAAACUGACAAAAUCCAACGAAAGAAAAAUACGAUUCCCACAUCGAUUAGAUAUGGCUACCUCUGGCGUCUUGUGUAUUUCCAUGACAAGAGAGUCUUGUGCUUCUUUGAGCAAUAGCUUUGAACAAAAAUCAUCUCGAAAAUUCUAUUUAGCCCUUAUUCAUGGACAUUUUAAAAUGAAUGAUAUUCAAAAGAAUGAAUCCUUGAAAAAUAAUGUGAAAAUGAAUGGUGAAUGGAUUGAAAUUACAUCUUUUAUUGGACGAGAUGACAGUAUCAAUAAUGGAGACAAUUCAACGAGAGUGAUUUCAGUCGAAAAAUCUGAAGCAUUAGCUGCACAAGAAGACGACAGAGAAUAUGACCCUACUGGGAGAGGUUAUGUGAUGAAACAAUAUCUCACUCUUCCACCAGAGGAGUCAGUUCGAAAGAAAGCUCAUGCAACCAAACAGGAACGACAACAACACAAUUUUAGAGAAUCUUUAACUCAUUUGAAAAUUAUUAGUUAUGGGCACCUUUAUAAUGGUGAGCCUGUCACUAAGGUCUUGCUUCGACCUGUCACAGGUAGAAAGCAUCAACUUCGACUACACACCUCUCUUCUAGGACAUGCUAUCAUUGGUGAUGAAAUGUAUGGCAGUAGUACUAAAUCACAUUUGAAUGUGCAGCAACAGAAUGACCAUGUAACAAUGCAUGGCCAGAAAAGUAAUGAACACGAAAACAAUGAUCUCGUCAUGACAGAAAGCACAACCACUACAGACAUUUCAAACCAACAACACACCCUUUUGAAUCGAUUAAUGCUUCAUGCUUAUCAUUUAUAUAUUCCCAUUACAAAAGAAUAUUUGAGUAAUGAAAACAAUAUUGCAGAAAAAGCCACUUCAACAUCAGGACAAAGAGUCAUCAGUGUGACUACAAGAAAUCCUUUUCAAAAUAUCUAUCAUGAGGACUCGGUGUUGCUGGACGAGAACGAAUUAUUGAGCUCCGGUAGUUGA